AUUUAAUUUGUAGUGUCAGUCCAUCAGCUAUUGUCGCACUUACAAAUUAUAAUUACAUCAAAAUCGUUCGUUUUAUAUACUAUGCGCUGAUAUCUAUGUAUCGUUGUAAUAAAAUAUAAUAUAUCCACUUAAUAAACUCCGAGUUACUCAUUUCCGCACAGCGCUUAUCUACAGCGGAACACGCCGCACAUUUUGCAAUAAUAUUGUAAGGACAAUAAUUUAAUACACACAUCCGUUAAACAUUAUGUUUGUCCUAUUGCACACCGUCGUCUCUGUGUUUGCUGUAGCGGUACUGUUGAAUAUCUUCUACUUUGAUCCGGUCCAAUCGUUUGAAACCUCCGAAAUAUACAACACAUGUCAGCUAUGCAUAAAUUCGCCGUGCCACAAGCAGAGGAAAUAUGCUUGCGCUCCAGGUGCUGGCAAUUAUACGUUGUGUUUCAAGUGUAAUUCAAAAACUCCUGAUACGGACCAACAGUACAACACUCAAUCUGAGUGCCGGAAGUCAUGUUCGGAUCCGUCAAAGUGCAGGUGUGAUGAUGCGUGUUGGGUUUGCGUUCUUAAAGGCAAUCCGAACGCAAUGAAAUGCGCCAAUCUGAAAAAAGUGUAUGAUGAUAAUUGUAAACUGGUUCCGUACCUUCAAUGAGGUUAGAUAAAAAAAUAAUUAAAAAUAUAUAAAUAUUUAUACAUCCGAUCAUCAAAACGGUGACUUGAAUAUCACGGUUUUUUGCCACACGAUUCUUUUGCAUACGAUUUUAACCGCUUAAAUUACUUUUUGUCAACCGAUCACCGAAUAUUUGUUUGUCGAUAAAAAAAUAAGUACCUAAUUUAUAUUUGUAUUAUUAUACAAUUCUGUUGUAUAAUUAAUCUACAUUUGUAUUGUUAUUUUAUUUAUUUAGUAAAGUUCAUAAUUAAAUGUAAAAUUGUAUUUUGUAAUCUGUGCACUUAUAUGUACCAUUGUGUGUAUUAUUGCUUGAAUAUUUAACCAUUACCUUAUCUGGUGUAUAUUAUUCCUUUUUUUUUUUAUUUUCUCCUUACCGGCGUGCUGAUGCUAUAAAUUCAAAUUUUGACAAAAUUCAUAUAAAUUGCAAAAAUUUGUUAAUUACUUUAUAGUUGGAAAUUCAUAAAAAUUGUCGGUUUUAUAUUUAAGAUUUGAAAAUGUAUUACUAGGUUCUUUUUCAUUUGUGUAUAUUUGAAUCAUAAAAUUUAAUAGGUUACUAGUUUGCACUGAAAAGAAUGUAGCAAAACACCCGAUAAUAUAUGUUCACUUCAUCUUCUAUGCAAUACAUUAAUACGUUUUAAUUUAAUUGUUCAUAUUUAUAUUGAAAUAUAUUUAAAUAAUUAAAUACCAUA